GGCGACGAGGAGGAGUUCUACGAGAUCCGCACCGAGUGGUCGGACCGCAACGUGCUCUACCUGCACCGCAGCUACUCCGACCUGGGCCGCCUCUUCAAGCGCCUCCUGGACUCCUUCCCCGAGGACCGCCCCGAGCUCUCCCGCUCCCCCUUGCUCCAAGGACUCAUCACAAUAAAGGAAGCCCAUGAUAUAGAGGCUAGACUUAAUGAAGUGGAAAAGCUUCUGAAGACCAUUAUAAACAUGCCGUGGAAGUAUUCAAGAUCUGAAGUUGUCCUCACAUUCUUUGAGAGAUCUCCUUUGGAUCAAGUUCUAAAGAAUGAUAAUGUCCAUAAAAUUCAGCCAAGCUUUCAAAGUCCAGUUAAAAUAUCAGAAAUCAUGCGAUCAAAUGGAUUUUGUUUAGCAAACACUGAAACAAUAGUCAUUGACCACAGUAUACCCAAUGGCAAAGAAAAGCACGUGGACGUAGAUUCAGCAGAACACUUGUUUGAAAGUGUUAGCGACUUUACCUCAGAGCUGGAAGACAGUGAUGAUCCAACAGCUUAUGUCACCAAUCUGACGUACUACCACCUGGUCCCUUUUGAAACUGAUAUUCUGGACUGAGGUUUCCCAGUGACCUCGUCCUCUAGCAUCCAGCUGACCUCUUUGUCCAUAGGCUCUGCUGUCUCCCACAUUGCAUCUGUGUGAAUAAGGCUGUACAGGCUAGACCAAGAUGAGAGAAGUUGCGGCAAGGAUGCCCCAACGGUGGUUUUGUGGUCCAGCACUUCACUGUGUUUUAAGGAGACAUCGUGUAAGGGAGUAACUGCUUCACUGCCAACAAU